AUGCAAAACAACGAUUUCGUGGACCUGUACGCACCGCACAACCGCAUCAUCGGCUCCAAGGACCAUGCGCCCAUCCAGACAAAUUUGGCCGAGGUUGAGAAGGUGACAGCCAGGUUCAAUGGCCAGUUUAAAACCUACUCUAUCUGCAGGGCCAUUCCCAGGAUGGGUGAGUCAGAAGACUCCAUUCUCCAACUGGCCAAGGCCGACGGCAUCUCUCAAAGAACUUCUGACUGGAGAGGAUCACAGAUGCCUGCCUUAGAGUGGAGCCAAGAGCUCUUCCGGUUAACAACCUGCCCGUGUGCUGAGGAAGGGAGAAUCUUCUUGGCCACCGUCCUUCCUCCCUGCUGGUGCGUCCAGCUCCCUUCCGGCUACCCACUGAUCAUCACUGCAGAACCAAUUCGAGGCCCAUCUGACCACCAGCCGGCCUGA